AUGUUGGCCACUCGACAGGUCCUGGGCAACGUUGCCCGAUCGCGGGUCGUGUCCAACAUGAACCUGCGUAGGUGCAUGGCCUCCGUGGCUGACUCGGCCUUGGACAAGAAGGUCAAGCAAAACAACUGGGAAGAAGGCAACUUUAUCAACUAUAAGAAGAUGUCUGAGAAUUUGGCGAUCGUUCGCAGCCGCUUGAACCGCCCUUUGACAUACGGCGAGAAGAUUCUAUACUCCCAUCUUGACGACCCGCACGGACAGGAUAUCGAGCGAGGAGUGUCAUACCUCAAAUUGCGGCCGGAUCGAGUUGCAUGCCAGGACGCCACCGCCCAGAUGGCUAUCCUCCAGUUUAUGUCUGCUGGCAUGCCUUCCGUAGCAAACCCUACAACCGUACACUGUGAUCACCUGAUCGAGGCUCAAAUUGGUGGAGCGAAGGAUCUUGAGCGAGCUGUCAACAUCAAUAAGGAAGUAUACGACUUCCUUUCCACUGCAUGCGCCAAGUACAACAUCGGUUUCUGGAGACCCGGCUCCGGUAUCAUCCACCAAAUUCUCCUCGAGAACUACGCCUUCCCCGGUGGUCUCCUAAUCGGUACUGACUCUCACACGCCUAAUGCUGGCGGUCUUGGUAUGGCUGCCAUUGGUGUUGGUGGUGCUGAUGCCGUUGACGUCAUGGCAAACCUGCCUUGGGAGCUGAAGGCACCAAAAUAUAUUGGGAUUAAUCUCACAGGCGAGUUAAAGGGCUGGUCUAGUCCCAAAGAUAUUAUUCUUAAAGUGGCGGGAGAACUUACAGUACGCGGCGGUACUGGCUUCAUAGCCGAGUACCAUGGACCUGGUCUCAAAACAGUAUCUGCAACAGGCCUCGGCUCCGUGGCGAAUAUGGGCGCUGAAAUUGGUGCCACCACCUCCGUCUUCCCCUUUACAGAUCGCAUGUAUGACUACCUAGCGGCAACCAAGAGAACUGAAAUUGGUGACUUCGCCCGCUCUUAUGCUAAGGAAUUACGCGAGGACGAGGGUGCCGAAUAUGACCAAUACCUCGAAAUCAAUCUUUCCGAACUUGAACCACAUAUCAAUGGUCCCUUCACGCCUGAUCUAGCAACCCCUAUUUCUAAGUUCUCCGAGGCUGUUAAGGCUAAUGGCUGGCCUGAGGAGCUUAAGGCUGGCCUGAUCGGAUCUUGCACAAACUCUUCCUACGAGGACAUGUCCCGAGCUGCUUCUAUCGCCCGGGAUGCUCUCAACCAUGGUCUUAAGGCUCAGUCUGCCUUCUUUGUUACCCCGGGCUCAGAGCAGAUACGCGCCACAAUAGAAAGAGACGGCCAGCUCCAAACCUUUGAAGAAUUUGGCGGCAUGGUGCUGGCCAACGCCUGUGGUCCUUGUAUUGGCCAAUGGGAUCGUCAAGACGUCAAGAAGGGCGAGGCCAACUCGAUCCUAUCCUCCUACAACCUUGUUGCCUUGUCAAUCGCUGGCAACUUACACUUCAACCCCCUAACCGACAAGUUGAAGGACAAGGACGGUAACGAGUUCCUGCUGGCUCCUCCCACCGGUGACGGUCUCCCCGCAAACGGAUACGACCCUGGAAACAACACCUACCAGGCCCCCCCUGCCGACCGCUCCUCAGUCAAUGUCCAAGUUUCUCCUUCUUCCGACCGUCUCCAGAUUCUACAACCCUUCCAGCCUUGGGAUGGCAAAGAUGCUCUAGACAUGCCCAUCUUAAUCAAAGCAAAGGGAAAGACCACUACUGAUCACAUUUCUAUGGCCGGCCCCUGGCUCAAGUACCGUGGGCAUCUUGACAACAUCUCCAACAACAUGUUGAUUGGUGCUAUCAACGAGGCUAACGAUGAGGCGAACAAGGUCAAGAACGUGACUACGGAAGACUGGGGUGCUGUCCCAGCUGUGGCCCGCGACUACAAGGCCAAGGGAAUUAAAUGGGUUGUCAUUGGUGACUGGAACUAUGGCGAGGGAAGCUCCCGAGAGCACGCGGCUCUUGAGCCUCGCCACCUUGGUGGCCUUGCCAUCAUUACCCGAAGCUUCGCCCGUAUUCACGAGACCAACUUGAAGAAGCAGGGUAUGCUUCCUCUCACAUUCGCGGAUCCUGCCGACUACGACAAGAUCAAGCCUGAUGAUAAGAUUGAUCUCUUCUGCACGGAGCUGGCUGUCGGCAAGCCCAUGACGAUGCGGGUACACCCUAAGGAUGGCGAGGCCUUUGAUGUAAAGCUGAACCAUACAUUUAAUACCGCACAAAUCGAUUGGUUCAUCAAUGGAAGCGCAUUGAACACGAUGGCUAAGAACGCGAAAUGA